CAUUUUGUCUAAGGACACCAUUCGAUGCGACACCCAUUCCUUUCCUCGGUCUGUCUGUCGGUGUCACAUGCUAAACUGUCCGGGCACACUGACAGUCAUGGAGGGCAGAGCGAGCAGAGGCAGAGGAGGCGGCUGGAGGAGAGGUGGAGGCGGCCGGGGUGGAAGCGACAGCUCUGAAAGUUUUGGCGGUGAACACCGGGGCAGAGGGAGAGGAGGCCACCACCGAGGCCGGGGGAAAAGAGACCACUACCGGGGCCGGGGACGCGGCGGCGGCGGCGGCCACGCGUGGGAGCUGAAUCACAGGGAUCAAAAUGAAGGGGACAACUUCCAGGAAGAAGAUGACAGGACGGAGGUGUUCUCCAGGAGGAAACUGGAGUCAAACUGGGACCGUUAUAAGGAGUCUGAGAAGAAGGAGCCCGAUGAUGACACGCCCACUCAUAGAGGAGCAGACUACCACGUCCUGCUGGAGUCAGCAGGGGAUUCGUUCACUCAAUUCCGCUUUUCCGAGGAAAAGGACUGGGAGAUGGACUCAUUUGUAGCCAGUCAGAUGUCUGCGGCGUUCGUGGACCUCCCAGCGCUCGCCCAGAGCCUCCAACAAGUGCCUCUACAUCAGAGACUCAACCUGGAGGCCGAGCUGGUUCAAGUUUCCACACCAGUGGAGCUGCCCACGAUGACGCUCGCACCGAAACAGGAGUUGCCCAAAACGACCUUGUUCACUCCUCCGACGGCAGCCUUGAAAGUCCUCAGCACCAACCAGAAGGUCUCGGUGGCUACAAACCCGGCGUCUGUUCCAAAGUUGCAGGUUUCUUCGAGCGCAGCAGAGACGCCGGUGGAUGAUGUCGACGAAGAGCUGGACCAGCUGCUCAGUUUACAGAAACCAGUGUUGAGUGUUUCAGGGGAGCAGUCUGUCGGUGUCGAAGAUGAGGAGAGUGCAGUUCCAGAGAAAGCGUGCGAGGAAGUGAUGGAGGUGAUAGAAGAGAAGAUGGAGGAGGUGAAAGACAAAGACGUCGCACCUCCCGAGUCUGUUUCCACGAAGAAGGAAGUGACAGAGGAAGACCUGGAGGACUGGCUCGACAGCAUGAUCUCCUGACAGUCGUCCACCGAGGAAAGACUUGAUUAGAGACAGAAAAGAGAAAUAAUCCUCUGUUCCUUGUGAGACUGUGAAAGUUACACACCGCGGGAGAGUCGCCAUCAGAGGAAAAGAUGUGAGCAGCCG